AUGAACAAAUAUAGCUUAUAGUUUAAAUCUGCUGAAUUUGAAUUGGCAUUCUUUUAAAACUAAAAAGAUAAUACCAUUUUGGUACUAAAAGUAGGAACAAUAAUUAACAUAUUGCAAUCUAUAGUCAUUUUGAUAUUCUAUUUAUCAGAAAAAGACUCUCAAAUUUAAGAUAAAAUUAUGGGGGUUUUAUUCUUUGUGGUAGGAGUUACAACUUGGUGUGUUAAAAUUUAAAUUAAGAAAUGCCAAAAAUUCACAAAUUCUGUAUUAUUUUUCAAAAACUGUAUCAUAUGCAUUAUAAUAGGAAUAUAUCAACUCUCAAAGGAUAGUAAUCGCUCCAAUAGUUUUAUGGGGUAUUAACCUCUACUUGGAGUUCUUCUAGCCAUCGAAUUUAUUACUAGUACUUAAGGAACUAACUUUUUAUUCAAGAUAUUAAUGUGCGCUUUAAAUAUCGUCUUUUUUAGUUUAGCUUUUUAUGGAAAUAAUUCUGCAUGUUUGGUCAUAGCUACUUCUCUAGGUGCUUUUUAUUUUUUGCUUUUCAUUUAUUUGAAUGAUAAGUAAAACAGAGAUCUUUUUCUUGAUAAGCAAAAAUCUUCUGAGUUGUCUUUCUUAAUUGAUAAACUGCUUCCUAUUAAUAUUGUCGUAAUGAAAUAUAACCCAAAAGAGGAGAGGAGCUUUUUGCAUUAAGUAAAUAGAAAGGCUUAAAACACAUUUAACAUAUCUGAUAAUGAUGCUUUUAAAGAGUUUUCUAAAAGAGUUAUUGUGAAACAAGACACUCAAGAUGACCAAGAAAAAGAUUCAGAAAACUCAGAUGAAAAUAUGAAUAAAAAGUAAAAUGAACAAGAAAAAACUCUUUUUUUUUAGAUAGAAAGUAUUGCAAAAGAAAAUUAUUUAAGACAAAAAUAAGAAAAAAAUAAAGCUAGUAAUGAAAAAAGGUAAUCACUUGCAAAAAGUGAGCGAAAUUCAAAGCUAGUCAUUAGAACAGAUAAAAUAGGAUCUAUAACUAAGCUAUAAAGGAAUAAAAUAAAUUCACUUUAUGAGAGGCCAAAGAAAUUAUCUGAUGAGGUUAAGUAUAACGAGAGAGUUAACUCUGGAGAAAAAGAAAGAGUGUAAAGAUUUUCUAUAUUUGAACCAUCUAAGGCAAGCUCGUAUGAUAGAAAUAAGAAUAAUUCUAUUGAUAGAUAUAACAGACCAAAAGAAUCUUCUUUGGAAAGAACUAAAAAUAUUUCAAUAGAAAAGAAUGUUAUAGGAUCAAAUGAAAGAGUUACUCAUAACUCUGGCGAAAAAAAUAAAACACUAAACAAUUCUGUUGAGAAGGAAAGAUCUAGAUACAAUGUAGAGGAGAGGAGCAAAAAAAUUUCAUUUGAAAAAGAUAAACUAAGCAAUAAUAAUGCCACACCUCAUCACAUUCGCGGUAGCAAGAGAUCAUCUACAUUAAAAAUCGAUAAUACAACAACAUAAAGUGGAGGCCAAGCAGGAACAAAAUUCGUAAGAAGAGUGUAAAAAAAGGGUACAAUUUUGAGAAAAGUUUCCAAUUUCAAUCUAAAGUCCGGAGUUGCAAACUCUAAGGUUAAAUACGGAGAGGAUGUUUAUGAUAGAAUUGACAUCUUCUAAGGAGUUUACACUCAGAAAGAUGGGAGCUAAAGGUAGAUUUCGAUAAAAAUUUACACUUACAAUGUGAAUGAGUAGUAUUAAGUCAUAUUAAUUGAAGAUGAAACAUUAGAGGGUUAGGUUAAAUUCCUCAAAGAGCUGAAUAAAUUUUUAUAUAAAAGUUUCUCUGAAUCCUUAGAGCAAUUUAGAAUGCCUUUAGCUUAUUCUUUGAUGAAAUUAAAUGAAAAUUAUGAAAAUUUAAGAGCAGGCAAAGAAGAAAAAAGUCCAACUAGCUGUACAAACUUUAAUUAAUAUCAUCAUAAAAUUUUAGAUGGAAAUAGGCAAUCUUUUACUCAGAUUUAGUAAAGCGAUUUUUCUCAAACAAACAUUUCACCAAUUAACAAACACAAGCACACAACUACAAAUAACUCUAUUUUUUACUCUAACAUUAACAAUAUUUUAAUCAAAAAUCCUGAGAAUUUUUCUGCUAUUAAUUAAGAUACAAAUUAAUCAUAAUCCUUGAAUAACAUUUAGCAGUACAUUUAAGAUUUACCUUCAAGCAGAAGGCGUGCUAACUCGCUAACCUAAGAGUCAAUUGAAAGAAUUUAUGAGUCAAUUAAUAACACCCGAUACUAUGGUUUUCUAACUUUGAACAAGAUUUAUAAUUAUAUUGAUUACAUCUCUAUCCUAUAAAAGAAAUAAAUAGAAUUAAGAUUGAGUGAGAUAAGUAUGAAAAGGAUAAUGAAUGAUGUGCUAAAGGUAGUUGAAUACCAGGCAUGCAAAAAGAAGGUUAAGAUAGUCUUUAUAAAUGAGUUAAGAUAUGACAGAAUUACCUCUGAUGAGAGGAGAAUAAAGUAGCUGCUGUUAAACUUUCUGGUAAAUAUUUUACAUAAAACAAGUAGAGGCUAUAUUAUAGUUAGAGCAAGCACCAAAUCAAAACAACUAGAAACUAUCAAAAUAUCAAUUUAUAAUUCAGGAAACUACACUUAUCCUAUUUAGUAUAGGGCAAAAUUUAAACUAAAUUCUAUUAACGAUAUUCUUAAUGCUAAAAAGAAUAAAGAUUGCUUAGAAUAAGCUAUCAAUUCAUAAAUUGUAGGUAAACUCGGUCCCUACGAUAAGGUUUCAGUGAGCCCUGGAGAAAGUGGGAUAGGAUCUACUUUAUCAUUUUUAAUUUAUACCGAUAUGAAUAUUUUAAAUCUCCCUCAUAAAUUUGUUUCAGUGGAUGAUGUCGAUUUGCAGAUUUAACCAGGAUUUAAAAGCGUAGCAAAUAUUUAAUAAGAGGGAGAAAUCUCAGACGGAACCAGUUAUGAUGCUACCUAUAACAUGAAUAAGCUAUAAGUUGAAAACCAACACUAAAACUAAAAUAAAUAAUUCUUUCCAUAAAGUUAAUUUUAAGAUAUUGCAACAAUUUGUGAAAGAGAAGACUAAACUUAAAUGUACCUUUCUUCCAAAAUAUAAAAUCUAGGAUAGAAACAGCAGUAUAUUUUGCUUGACAUACAAAAUGAUAAGAGCAAUUUAAGCAGUUCUUUUUAAUAUUCUCCUCUGCAUCCCAUUACUAAUAAUUAAAAUCAAUAAUCGUAUGAGCCUAGCUUUUAGUUUAGCAAUUUAGAAUAAAAAUUGAAAAGUUAUAAAAAUGCUGAAGAAGCUUUAUUUGAAAAUUAAAAUAAAAUUGAUAAUUCCAAAAUAAUUGAUCAAUAUGAUUAAAAGUCAUAUCAAAUGGAAAAUAAUAAUGAUGAUGAUAAUUAAAUAUUAGAUUACGAAGGGGAAAACUAAAGUUACUAUGCUUCAAAUAAAAUACCGAAAAAUAUCAAAAAUAAACUAAACGAGUCAAUUUCCUCAAAUAAUCGAGAUAUUAGAUCUUAAACAAACAGCUACAGUUAUCCAUUAAAGUAAGAAAAUAUCUCAAGAAGAAUGACAGCAAACAGCAGAGAAGAAAGCAGGUAAUUCCUUGAAUAAAAAUUAAAAUUAAAUGCAGAAUAAAAUAAAACUCAAGCUGCCCAUUCAACAGUUACUUUAGAUUAAAUAAACGAAAACUCAUCUCCAAGAUUAAAUAUGGAUACUACUUAACCUUUACAAUCACAAUAGUUUUUGUAACCUUUCACUAAUAAUAAAAAUAGCUAAAGGUUAAUAAUAACGAGUGAUAAUACUGAUAGUGCAUCGAAGUAGAAAUUCAAUAUAUAGAGCUAAACAAAUUUUUAUAAUGAAGAUAAAUCUGAAAAUAAGAUUUCAGUAAUUGGAUUUUCUUCUCGGUAAGCAAUUAGCAAUAACAAUAGCAAUAAUAUUUAAAACAACGAUGAAUUAAUGAACUCUUAAAAAUUUAAUAAUUUAAAUAAUUCUGGCAGAUAAAAAGCAAAUAUUAUAAAAUUGUAGCAAUCAAAUGUUGAAGAUACUUUAAAUUUAAAUAAACAUUCUAAUAUAAAUAUAACAUCUUUGAAUCAUAUUUAGUGA